CAAUAGUGGAUGAAUCACUGGGAUGAAUACUUCGAAAAAUAGAGAAAUAUUGCUAAAAAUCAAUAAAUAAAUGAAUAAAACCAAUGCAUUGUUAAAUAAAAAUGACUGAAAUAUUCAAUUUGAGUACGUUGUGUCGCUGCUGCCACGCUGAUGGCCAUUUCAAGAGCUUGCAAGUGCCAUACGAAGAAGAACAUGAUGUGGAAAUCUAUAAUAUUAUGCUGCGUGAAACUUUAGGAAUAUCUAUUUCAACCCCACCAUUAGAAGCGAGCUACACUAUUUGUGACAAUUGUAUCCUGAGGCUGCGGGAUGCUACCAACUUCAAGCAUCAAGUGUUGAUAUGUGAGCAGAAGUUUAGUGUUUACUGUCAAAAUGAACAAUUUAUCGCAACACAAAACGUGAAAAUAGAAGAGAAUGAUGAUGCCCAUAAUGAAUAUGAUGACUUAGAAACGGAUUUAGACGAAAAACAAAGUAUUGAUGUGGACGUCAAAAAAGAAUAUUCCAUAGAAGUUGAUAUUGGACAUCCAGUGGAGGAAUUGAAAGAUGAGAAACCGGUCGAAGUUUCAUUUGAAGAGACUGAAUAUUCCGAUGCGGAUGAAAAGGCUCCAAUUGAAACAGGAACAACAAUUAGCAAGAAGGAGAAGAAGAAGGAAGAAGAAGAAGAAGGCUCGCUGCCCACCAAAAAUGACUCAAGCUCAUUAAUAAUACAAAUAAAAACAGAAAACGGUGACCAAUACUCCUGCAAGUCCUGCGGUGGAUCGUACCCAAACAAAAAAGAAAUUAAUAAACAUAUGCACUUAAAACACACAGUUUAUUACAAAUGCGAACACUGCCAUCAACAAUUAAAAACUUAUAAAGUAUACAAAAAACAUUUAGUAUUGCACUCGAGUGAGAAACUUCAAUGUCUGCACUGUAACAGAAAAUUUUCAAAUGAAACCACUUUAAGUGACCAUAUUAUUAACAAACAUACAAAAACGAAUAUCUACACAUGUGAUUUUUGUAAUGCCCAAUUUAAAGCCAGAAACUCGGUUCUCAAACAUUUAAAAAUCCACUACGGUACGAAUAAAAAAAUAUUAUGCGAUCUCUGUGGGAACUCUUUCAAUGACCAAUCUAACUUAUAUAGUCAUAUAAGAGCAGUACAUGAGAAAUUGAGACCUUAUAAAUGUUCAGAAUGUGGUAAAGAUUAUACUACUAAAAGACAUUUAAGGGAUCAUUUGAAAACUCAUGAUAGUGAAAGAACGGACAUUAAUUUCCAUACGUGUGAUAUUUGUGGUUAUAAAUUAGUAAAAGCUCGACAAAUGUUGAUACACAGAAUGAAACAUGAUGGUAAAUACAUGUGUAAAAUAUGUGAUGCAGUUUUCGAUAGCUUUCUUACAAGACAGGAGCAUUUGAACACUUUUCAUCAUAAAUUUUAUCCCUGUAAUAUAUGUGGUAAAGUUUUAGUUUGCAAAUAUUCUUUGAAUAGACACGUAAAUGAACAUAAAGGGAAAAAUUUUGCCUGCGAUAUCUGUGGUAUGAAAUUUUCUCAAAAAUGUGGGCUAAAAAGGCACGUUUUUAGGAAACAUAAUCCGGAUGCUGGUUUUGAGGAAAACAAGACUCAAUGUGAUAUUUGUAAGAAAAGGUUUAAAAAUAUAGCGGUACAUAUUGAUAAGCAUCAUAAUAAUAGGUUUUCCUGUGAUCAAUGUGGUAAUACUUAUGCGGAUAAUAGUGCUUUGAAUAGGCAUAAGGCUCAGAAACAUUUCGGCAGGACAUUUGACUGUGAAGUUUGCGGUAAAAGGUAUGUGCAAAGAUCUAAGUUGAAUACACAUCGGCUGAAAGUUCAUAAAAUUAAAAACGAGGAUAAUAAUUCUGAAGGUACGGAAAAUCAGACCCUUAGUGUGACUUAAUAAGGUUCAUUUUGCAAUGUAAAUGAAAUAACUGUUUAUUUGUUAAAUAUAAUAUUUUGUUUUAUUAUUUGUAAAGAAAACUGUAAGAAGAAUUAAAUAAAUAUGUUUGAAUUUUGAA